AUGCGAAUGCUUUGUGUAAGUAUCUUCCUGCUGCUUGUCAGCGUAAUUUUCGCUUCGGCCGUAACAUUACAGAAAUUUGAACUACAUGACAGGCAUUCGCGACAGAAACGUCAGUUUGGAUUUGGCCGUCCUUUCGGUUAUGGUCGCCCAUAUGGUCCUGGUUUUGGUCGACCACUGUAUGGAGGAUUCGGUCGUCCAUAUGGUUUAUAUGGUCGUUAA